AUGGCGGCGGCGCCGCCCGACGGGCAGGAGAAGGUGAUCGCGGCGGCGCAGCAGAUCGUCAAGUCGCUCGCCAACUCUAAGAACGCCGCGGACGACAUGAUCCGCAUCCUCUCCGGCUUCGACAACCGCUUCUCCCUCAUGUCCGACCUCUUCCCGGACGCCGGCGCCCCCGACGCCGCGGCCGGCUCCGAGCUGCCGGAGGGGGAAGAGGAGGAGGAGGGGGAGUACGGGCGGGAGCGGGGGCCGCCCGGCCCCGGCUUCGGCGGCGACGACGACGACCUGGAGGACGAGAGAGACGCGGCGGUGGAGGAAGCGCUGCGGCUGGUGGAGCAGUGGGACUCCCCCGCGGCCGGGGACCGGCUGGUGUUCGAGUCGCCCGAGGACGCCGAGGAGUACCUCGCCGCGGCCGCCUGCCUCAUGGGCGAGGCCGGCCCGCGCGUCGAGGCCGCGCUGCAGGUCGCCAUGGCGCGCCUCGAGGAGGAGUUCCGCCAGCUGCUCAUCCGCGGGACCGCGUCGCUCGCCGCCGAGGACCUGCACGCGUCCCUCCUCCGCCGCCUCUCGCUCACGGUGCCCACCUUCCACUCCGCCUCCUCCGUCGACCUCGACUGCCCCUCCUUCGCCAGCCACGCCGACGAGGGCGACGAGUCCUCCGGCGCGGGCAGGUGGAGCUCCGCCUCCGAUGGCGAGAUCUCGCCCUACCUCAUUUCCCCCGACACCGUCAGCACCCUCAAGGACAUCGCGGACGUCAUGCUGCGCGCUGGCUAUGGGCCGGAGCUCUGCCAGGUCUACAGCGAGGUGCGCCGGGACACGCUCAUGGAGUGCCUCGCCGUGCUUGGGGUCGACAAGAUGAGCCUGGAAGAGGUGCAGCGCGUGGAGUGGGGCGUCCUCGAUGGCAAGAUGAAGAAGUGGAUCCAGGCUCUCAGGGUCGUCGUCCAGGGCCUUCUCGCCGAGGAGCGCCGCAUCUGUGGCCAGAUCCUUGCGGCCGACGCAGAUGCCGAGGAGGAGUGCUUUACUGAGGCGGCCAAGGGGUGUGUCCUGCAGCUGCUCAACUUCGGUGAUGCCAUUGCGAUUGGCAAGAGAUCGUCCGAGAAGCUGUUCCGCAUUCUUGGUAUGUACGAGGCGCUAGCUGAGUUGCUGCCAGAGCUCGAGGCCUUGUUCUCAGGGGAUGCAAGGGAUUUCAUCAAGGAAGAGGCAGAGGGGAUACUUGUCAGGCUAGGGGAUGCGGUGCGUGGCACGGUCGCUGAGUUUGCCAAUGCGAUACGUGGGGAGACUUCUCGCAGAUCACUGCCAGGGGGCGAGAUCCACCCGCUUACGCGUUAUGUCAUGAAUUAUGUGCGACUGCUUGCAGAUUACAGCCGCUGGCUGAAUCAUCUUCUUGAUGGUUGCGAGACUGAGCUGGAAAAUGGGGGUGACAAUGCGGAUAUGACUCCACUGGGUCACUGUCUGCUCAUACUGAUCACACAUCUAUUGGACAAGAUUGAGGAUAAAGCGAAGCUGUAUGAUGAUGAGGCACUGCAGAACAUAUUUUUGAUGAACAAUCUGUGGUAUGUUGUGCAGAAGAUCAAGGAUUCAGAGCUAAAGAGUUUGCUUGGGGAUAACUGGAUCCGUAAGCGCCGUGGUCAGAUAAGGAGGUACUCUACAGGGUACCUCCGAUCCUCAUGGACCAGGGUAUUAGCUUGCCUGAGGGAUGAUGGGUUGCCACAGACAACAGGUUCAUCGAGUGCACUCAAGGCUGCCCUGAAGGAAAGGUUCAAGAGCUUCAACUUGGCUUACGAGGAGUUAUACAGGACACAGACAGCAUGGAAGGUUGUGGAUCCUCAGUUAAGAGAAGAGUUGAAGAUUUCCAUCUCAGAGAAGGUCCUUCCAGCAUACCGUUCGUUUGUUGGAAGGUUCCGAGGGCAGCUGGAGGGGGGAAGGAAUUUCGCAAAGUAUAUAAAGUACAACCCUGAGGAUGUGGAGAACCAGGUCUCAGAUUUCUUUGAAGGGAAAAAAUUGAAUGCUUGA